AACAGGAAGCCCUGAAGGGUCAAAAGGAAUACAAAAGCAAAGGCUAUUUUCUUUCUUUAUUCUCUCUCUCUCUUUUUUUUCUUGUUCUUGUUCUUGUUCUUCUUCUUUUUUUUUUUUUAAGUGUGAGCGACCUUUGAGGUGGCGGUUUGGGGUGGGCGCCACCGAGGGGAGGGAGUCUCGCCUCCCGCGCGCUGGUAGGUGAGUGCGGCCUGGGUCCUGGCCAGGCGGCGAAACCUGGACCUAUUCGCCGAGGAGAUGGCCUAUCACUUCCCUGCUGUACAGCCUGGACUCCAUCACUAAAGCUCUUUGGGUACCUGAGAUUCUCAUCUGAAUUUCUUGGAAGCGAGAGCAGACUGAUUGUUCCAGUAUGGAUGGAGGGGAUGAUGGUAACCUUGUCAUCAAAAAGAGGUUUGUAUCUGAGGCAGAACUAGAUGAACGGCGCAAAAGGAGGCAAGAAGAAUGGGAGAAAGUUCGAAAACCUGAAGAUCCAGAAGAGUGUCCAGAGGAGGUUUAUGACCCUCGGUCUCUGUAUGAAAGGCUACAGGAGCAGAAAGACAGGAAGCAGCAGGAGUAUGAGGAGCAGUUCAAAUUCAAAAACAUGGUAAGAGGUUUAGAUGAAGAUGAGACCAACUUCCUUGAUGAGGUUUCUCGGCAGCAGGAACUUAUAGAAAAGCAACGAAGAGAAGAAGAACUGAAAGAAUUGAAGGAAUACAGAAGCAAUCUCAACAAGGUUGGAAUUUCUGCAGAAAACAAGAAGGAGGUGGAGAAGAAAUUGACUGUGAAACCCAUAGAAACCAAGAACAAGUUCUCCCAAGCAAAACUGUUGGCAGGAGCUGUGAAGCAUAAGAGCGCAGAGAGUGGCAACAGUGUGAAAAGACUGAAACCAGACCCUGACCCAGAUGACAAGAAUCAAGAGGCUCCGUCCUGCGUGUCUCUUGGAAGCUCCUCCUUGAGCGGCCCCUCCAUCCACUGCCCUUCCGCUGCUGUCUGCAUCGGCAUCCUCCCAGGCUUGGGUGCCUACUCUGGGAGCAGCGACUCUGAGUCCAGCUCAGACAGCGAGGGCACAAUCAACGCUACUGGGAAGAUUGUCUCCUCUAUCUUCCGAACCAACACCUUCCUUGAGGCGCCCUAGCUCCUGCCCCCUACCACAGGGAGCUCCUCCCCAGAGUGGUCAGUCCGUCCGUUCUGCCUACGGGUGUUACCUCCCUCAAAAAACUCCUUUGUCUAUUUCCUGUGCACACCGUGACAUUUUUAACCUAAUCUGAAAAUGUGCCAGAAUCCACUUGUGACCCAAACUGUUUGGUUUCUCCUUCCACCUCAGUGCAGGUGACCCACCUGUCCUGCUGCCUUUCUUCUGAUGUACUGGGGCAGGGCCAGUCCCAGCAGAGGUCCCACUGACAGUGUCCUGGGAGGACAGGCACCAUCUGGCUUGCAGAGGGUUUUACUGCUUUCCCAGUUUUUCUUUGUCCUUUCCCAGUAGCACAAGGAAGCAAGGGCAGUUACGGGACAGUGCCGUCUGUCUAAAGCUUAGUGUAGAGGAAUGUGUUGUUUGGUUCUGCCUCACUGGGGAGCAUGGAGGGGAAGAGAGCUGGUCAGGGUGGAGCGGAGCACCUCCCUGGAACUAAACCACCUUGAUGUUGUGUGCGACGAAGUAAAGAUUAUAAACCGGAUCUGCAGGGGACAUCACUACACACCCGGCCUUCGUCUGAGGUUCUUCCUUACUCUUGCCUCUUCCUCUCCGCUCCAUCCAGUCUGAGUCAUGGAGGAAGGGAAGGAAAGCCUCCAUCUUCUACUCAGACCUUUUCUCUGCCUGGCAAAUUAUUUUGUUUUUGUUUUGAAAUAAAGGUUUUAGUUUAAGAUUCUAAA